AUGAGUAAAAGACCGCUAAAUACCAAUGUCAUUGAUGGUUCUAAACGCCCCAGCUCUUUGAAUUCUGAGAUUUGCAACAGCUAUCCUGGGUAUUGCCCUGGCUUUGGGUCAGUCACUGUUGAUGAGAUCAACGUUCCCUCUUCUAAAGAAGAGAUUGAUCUCUUCUACCAGAACUACGUUCUUAGGCGCCGGCCAUGUAAGUUCAAGGGCGUUUCUUCAAAAGAGGUUCUUUCGGAGCCAUUAUCUCCUCUGAAUUUAGUGAAAACGCUACCAGAGCAAACUAUUUUGCAGGUUGAGAGGAAAGUUCAAGGUGGAUUUGGUAGCGGCGAAAAGCGGCUCAAGAUGACCCUCGGUGAACUCGUUGAGCGUUUGAGGAGUGGCGAUGAGCAGCUCUAUUUGACGACCCAAUAUGCGGAAGACGACCCCGACAGAGAUGAUGCAUCGGACGUAGGCGAAAAUACAGAAGAAUAUGCGGAAGAUGACGAUGACAAUGAAGAUGACACAAAAGAAACCGAUGGGGGGUUUGGAAGCGCUGGUGACAUCUCAGAUGCGGGCUCCUUCGAUUUCAGUAAUGCUCAUGAUGAUUUCGAAGACUUGAAUGGCGCCGAAAGCAUGGAUGGAGAAAGCCACGAUAGCAAGGAUGUUAUUGCACAAUUGAGCACAGGUCCUCUCACUCAAUUCGAAGCUGAUGCAAGAGUUAAAGAACUUUACCAGCCUCCAAUGGACAACCUUAUUGAGCAAUUGCCGGAAACUCCAAGCUUCCUCAACUCCCUAAUUCCACAGCAAAUAAACCUUUGGGUUGGAUCUAGUGGAAAUAUCGGCUCCAGUGACAAGUUUUUGGAGGGGUUCGAUCCUUCUGCUCCAAAACUGGGUCUUGGCAGGGCAAUCCCAGGUGGAGGCUCAUCUUCUGGGCUCCAUCACGAUCACGCAGAUAACAUCUACGUGCCUAUCAGCGGCCGCAAGCGGUUCACUCUUUUUUCUCCUAGGGAUGCCGCCAAGAUGUACACCGUUGGGACAAUACGCAAAGUUUAUGAUUCGGGUGUUAUAGACUACGCAAGAUGCGAAACUGCACCUUUUUGGAGAACGCUGCGAGAUGAUGGGGCCAUUGAAGCAGAAGUCGCUAAGAAUGAGCUAGAAUUCAAUUCAUCAUUGACAGCUGAUCAGCGGCAAAAUUUGGAGCGGGUUAUCGAAGCUGACAGUGUCUGCAGUUCGAGCAUUGACUCAAAGCUAGAUCCUCCGUCAUUCUCUAGCAUCAUACCUACGGUCGUACAUCUAGACAAAGUUAAAGACGAGGGUCUUCGGGCCGAGAUUAAGAAGGUUGCUCUUGAAAAGUGGCCUAUGUUUUUCGAAGCUAAUAGAUUAACUGUCGAUCUCCGGCCAGGAGAGAUGCUGUAUCUUCCUACAGGUUGGUUCCACGAAGUGACCUCUUUUGGCAACGAACAGACCGCCAGUGCUGAUGACCGCAUUCACGUCGCAGUUAACUACUGGUUUAUUCCACCUAACGGGUCGUCGCAAGAUCAACUUUACGCCCACGAAGACCAAUAUUGGCAGAAAGAUUACGAACGAACGAAGGCGGCACUUGAACAUGCGAGAUUCUGCAGCAAGGACUAG